GGAGAGAAAAGCUAUGAGCACAGCGAGGCAGAUAAACAGAGAAUGCAAAGUCUGCUUUGUAUAUAAAAAAAGCUUCUGAGAGUGCGGCUUUGGGCUAUUUAUGCCCCUUCUAUGUCUUUCUCUGACUCCAGUGCAACAUUUCUUCUGAAUGAGGGUUCAGCUGAUUCAUACACAAGCCGACCAUCGUUAGACUCCGACGUGUCCCUGGAGGAGGAUCGGGAGACUGCCCGCCGCGAGGUGGAGAGGCAGGCUCAAGAGCAGCUUGAAAGAGCUAGGCUCAAGCCGGUAGCAUUUGCUGUAAGAACCAAUGUCAGUUACUGUGGAGCGCUGGAUGAGGAGUGCCCAGUUCAAGGAGCUGCCAUUAACUUUGAAGCCAAAGAUUUCCUACAUAUCAAGGAGAAAUACAACAAUGACUGGUGGGUCGGGCGGCUAGUGAAAGAAGGGGCAGACAUCACCUUUAUCCCGAGCCCCCAAAGGCUUGAGGCCAUUCGACUGAAACAGGAGCAGAAAGCAAGAAGGUCUGGUGGCGGAGACAUGGUCUCAGGAAAUCGACGUUCACCUCCCCCAUCUAUGGCUAAACAGAAGCAAAAACAGGCAGAGCACAUUGCACCAUAUGAUGUGGUUCCAUCCAUGAGGCCCGUGGUUCUUGUCGGCCCCUCCCUGAAGGGAUACGAGGUCACUGACAUGAUGCAGAAAGCUCUUUUUGACUUCUUGAAGCACAGAUUUGAUGGCAGGAUUUCCAUAACUCGAGUGACUGCUGAUUUGUCUUUGGCUAAGCGUUCUGUGCUGAACAACCCAGGCAAGAGAGCCAUCAUUGAACGCUCUAGCACCCGCUCAAGCAUCGCUGAGGUCCAGAGUGAGAUUGAACGAAUAUUUGAGCUGGCCAAGACUCUGCAGCUGGUUAUAUUGGAUGCUGAUACAAUCAACCAUCCCACUCAGCUUAGCAAAACCUCACUGGCCCCCAUCAUUGUAUUUGUGAAAGUGUCUUCUCCAAAGGUGCUGCAAAGAUUAAUAAAAUCCAGGGGAAAAUCUCAAGUCAAACAUCUCAAUGUCCAGAUGCUGGCAGCCGACAAGCUGAUACAGUGCCCUCCGGAACUGUUUGAUGUGAUAUUGGAUGAGAACCAGCUGGAAGAUGCCUGUGAGCACCUUGCUGAGUAUAUGGAGGUUUACUGGAGAGCCACACACCACCCGCUGCACCCCCAAAACAGUCAGAACCUUAUCACACCCCCAACUGCCAUUCCUGGUUUACAGGACCAGCAGCUUCUCUCUGAUCGAGCCAAUGAGCACUCACCCUUGGAGCGUGACAGUUUGAUGCAAUCAGAUGAGGCGAGUGAAACAUCCCGAAAAACAUGGACAGCUUCAUCACAAAGAAGCUCUCACCAUCUUGAGGAUGAGUACUCUGACACCUACACUGACCUGUACCAGCCCCACAGGCACCACAACAGUGGACUGAACAGCACGAAUGGGCAUGACUCUCAGGACCGGCUCCUGGAGCGGGAUUCUGAGCAGAACCAUAAUGAUAGGAACUGGCAGCGUAACCGCCCAUGGCCUAAGGACAGUUACUGAAAGGGAUCUCACUGCACACACCCGUCCUACACACAUACACACACUCCUCCUGCAUGGCAGUGCAUGUCAGGAGGCACAACCACUGAGUGCAAAUUCCAGGGUAGCUCCAAGAGGCAAAACUGUACUGGUGAACAACAGCCCUUUUUACAUAUACCAGGUGCCUGGUAGCUAUUGGCUGCAAAACAAAGGUGAGACGGUAGAACAGAGAGAGAAGUAGAUGCACAUAUGCAGCGCCUGCUGCCAAAAUGGAUCAAAAAAAUUAAGACAAGGUAUUUUACAGUCCAAGGCAGCAUGGUGCUUAACACACACAACCAAUUCUAUACACCCACGAAAGCUGGUAGUAUUGAAAGGCCUCCUAUGGGAAUCUCUUUGGGCUGUAUCCACACAUACCUUCUAGCACUUCCACAAUACACAGUCACAGGUUUACACAACAGAGUGGCAGAAGUCCUUCCUACAGUGACACAAGUGUGUCAGUCAAGGUAAGAGUGAGCUUUGAGUGGAGUGUGGGGUUCGGGUGACUCUCCUGCUUGUCAGUGCUUGCAUAUUCUCUCAGUAUAUACAGUAUAAUCUGCAAUACACUUCAUAUCUCCUGUUAGGCCUGGCUCCGCAAUGCAGUACAACAGCACACAUUGCAUUUUGAAAUAGCAUAUACUUUGCCAGAUCCUGUGAUGCCAAUCUCAGCCAGGAACAUGUCAGCCAUUCACUUUAGGAACAAUAGCACCCUGUGCUGAUCACUUGUUGGCUAUGAAAUUAGCUGCAUGUAGCACAGGGCAAGCAAAAACAAAUUCUGAUUUCAUUCCUGUCAAGAGUCUAACAUUUAGUACUAAAGCAUCUUGGUAUACCUUCCAACUCAUGCAGGAAAAGGAAGAAACUCAUACAAUAUCUACAGUAGGUCCCUGGUAGACAUCAGUCUAAUUGCCAUAACAGGGGACAGAAAUGGCAUAAUUCUCGUCUUCUGUGUCUUACUGCCCCUGCAGAGCAUUGGGGUUAUUGGGUGAGUAGUUCACCGAGUGCUGGGUGCUGAUUUGAUCUGUCAGACAAGUGUAACAUACAUUUUGUCAAGGGGGUAUUCAAUUUGCUCUAAAAAUGACAGCAGAGAGCAUCAUAUUGCCUGUACUUUGGUUCACAGCAUUGUGUGUUCUUCUAACUCAUUAUCCAGAAGCAAUGUAGCCAUAGUUGGCUGGGCAUCCAGGCUAGUGAUCUGUUGGUCAUCUAGCACUUAUUUGGUAUUAUCUCUCACCAGUUUGUCAGGUAAAAGUAUCUUUAAAAGAGGAGCCUAAAUUGCUAUCCAGUUGGGCAGUUGGUUAAUGGAUAUCAGGAAUGGGUUGUUUUUUCAACUGCAAAAUAUCGGGACUAUCAUACUGGAUUAUUCACUACAGAUUCCCAAAAUGCCAGUUUAUCCUAAUGAUUCCUUAUGUUUCCUGUGCCUAAUUCUGUGCUAAAUGCAAACUCUUUAGAUGGAAGGUAUUCUUCACACAGAAUGCAUUAAUGUAUAAUCCACCAUUCCUACCUUAAUAUCUCUUUGAUAUAUAUAUUUUAUGUGUAGCUAAAGACAGGGAAGUUGUGGUUAAAACAGUCAUCUCCUGUCAGGUAUCUAAGGUGAUCAUUUAGAUAAGGCCAGAGAUAGGCAAGAAUAGGGCCCCAUACAUAUAGCGCACUAAAUGAGCUGCCCACCCUGUAGCUCCUUGGUUUGUUAGAGGGGCGCCAGUUAGACAUUACAAAGUAUCUGCAGAAAACAAGUGUUACAAAAUGUAAUUUAUCCUCUGUAUUUGUACCCUCUAAAGCCCAUAGCCCAGGGCAAGUGUCCUGCAAAAUCCUGCAAGUAAACCUAUCCCUGCAUUUACAUAAGAAGUGCUCAAGCCAAAACACAGCGAUAAUUUACCAGUUAUGUACUAAAUCCAGAACUCAGAUCCGGGUUUGGGAAAAUAGCAGGAUUUAAACCUUUUUGUCCCAUGACUUGUCCACUGGAUACCUACAGACAGUGGGGCUGGAUACUUAGGCAACGAAUUGCACUAGUUCCCUUACCAGUAGCAAUAAUUUUCUAACUGGCGUUAUACCAACCAAAGCUAAUAGAUUGGUUGGUUGCUAUUGGUAACUGCACUAGUGACAUUUACAACCUAUGACAGCUAAUUAGGCCCACUAUAUGUUUGCAAACAGCAAUAAAAUGUAUUUAUAUUUGUACUUGAAAUGUAAUAUUCUGUGCUCUAGAACUGCAGAAAUACAACUCCCAGAAUUCUUUGAGCAGUAUAAAUAAAGCUGACAUGCUGGCACUUCUACUUCUGCAGCAUCUGGAAGACAGAGACUUGGCUGGAUUAGGGCAAAUUGAAAUAGAAAUAGAGCAAGUAGUAUUUGGUUUAUUAUUUACUAAAAUAUUUUACCAUAAAUAACUUUUUAGUGUCAUCUAAAAACCUUGUAUCUGAAGCCAUAUGAUAUUUCUGACAAGGGCUAUAGCACACAAGGUGCCCCUCAAACCAAUAGGAAUCGGCUGGGCAUAGGCAAGUAUGUACCAUCUGAACACUACAUUUUUUAUUUAGUUUGCUCUGUUCUUAUACAACUUGUAUCCAGGGCUGGACUUACAGAAUAAAGGGCCCUAUGCAAAGUAUAAAGGCUGGGGCCCCAAUUACAGACCAGCUGAUAUUGUAUCAUCUGUCCCAACAUCCGCAGACAGCCUUCAGGGCUGUUACACAUUUGUUGCACAGUGGUAUAAUUCUACCUGAAGUUUAUCUGGAAAAGGCAGGAAAAUGGUCUUUUCUGAUAUUGGGGUCCAGGGAAAUGGGCUCUAAGGAUGAUGGCAAACAAGACAUUCUGCCCCCCCGCAUUAAAUCUCCUCCAGUGUGGGUGACAUCACAUCCCAAAUACCCUUUGUAUUGCAGUCUAUUGAAAUCUCUGCCACUAGCAGAUUUGAAUAUAUUAAUUAAUGGGAUUGCUGCCUUUUGCAGUUUCCCACAGUUACUUUAUUCUUAUGUCUUAUGUUUUAUCAUUUGGGAUUCAUAUUGACUGCAAUACAAGUAUUUUCAGACGCGUUGUCGUUCGUACUAGUGAAGAUUUUGCGCAGAUGACAAAAAGUACUGAUUGCCAUUACCCUGUAACCAGCCUCGCUUGUUAAACUAGAGCUCAGCAGCACAUUCAGCCUAAAUAUGUCUAAUAAAUGGAACUGUUGGCAUUGCCAGGCCUCGUGAUCAUUCACAAAAGGGGGUUGCAUCAAAUCCACAGUUUAAUGGAUUUUAAAUGCCCAAAUACCAAACUGAACCUAAACCCUGACUUCUUACACGUUCAGGAUUGAGUGCAUGUAUCAACAUUUUAUCUUCUGUACAGAAAACAAACUGUACCUUGCAACAAAAAUCCAAGGUUUGGAAACUGAAAAUCCUGAAAAAUCCUCCAAACUGAAAUCCUGAAAGUAUUUUGUAUCUGCAAUUGAAAAACAAUACUUAUCCAUUUCUGUUCUCCUGUUCCUGUUUUCUAAUUUAAACAAACUGACACUCAAGUAUGGCAUUAUGGGUCCUGCAUGUAAGUAGUAAGUAGAGCUGCUAGUGUGGGCUGCGAUACAAUUAAAUGCAACACUAUAAUGACAGGCAGGGAUAAUCAGGUCUAGACUGGGAUACAAAAUAGGCAUUUCAAGUACACAGAGGCCCAAACAGCCCCCCACCCGCCCAAUAAAUAGUGACUGUCUAUGGCAGGGAUCCCCAACCUUUCUUACUCAUGAGCCACAGUCAAAUGUAAAAAGACUUGGAGAGCAAGACUAGGCAGCCUCUAUGCACACUAUCAGCUUACAGGGGCUUUAUUUGGUAGGAAAUCUUGUUUUUAUUCAACCAAAACUUGCCCCCAAGUCAGGAAUUCAAAAAUAACUCCCUGGUUUGGGGGCACUGAGAGCAACAUCCAAGGGGUUGGGGAGCAACAUGUUGCCCCCGAGCCACUGGUUGGGGAUCACUGGUCUAUGGUAUCUUACAGCAGCCUCUCUGGCAUUUGCCAGAAUCCCCAGAUUGCCAUUCCAGACCUGGGGUUAAUGGGCAGAGAAAUGAAUAAAAUAUCAGCUAUGAUUUGAAAAUCAUUAGUCUCAUAAUAGUUGCUUAUUAAAACUGGAAACAUUUGCCCAUGUGCUGUUACCCAAAGCAACCAAACAGUCAUUGGCUUUUUAAAGCCAGCUGCAGGUAGAACAAUGAAUGCAACAAUUUCAUUGGUUGCCAUGGGUUACAGCCCAUGGGCAAAUUUGCACAGUAUUGAUUAAUGACCACCAGUUGAAUCCACACAGAGAUGUUUGGUAGUGUCUAUUUUUUUUAAACUGUAGAUUAUUCCAGUUUUUCAGAAAGUCAUACAAAUGCUAUUUUGUGGAGGAGUACCUAACAUCACAUAUAUGAUUUUACUGCUAGAAAGCAAAAGUCUGAUUGGUUGCUAUGGGCAAUAACACUGCUAAUGUUUGUCUCCAGCGUUGAUAAAUAUGCCCCCUAGAGUCCUGAGGGCCACUGUAUUCUCAUGGUCCCUGGUGCCAACAAGGAAACACCCACAGAUCUGAACACUAUGCGGAUCCCCACCAAGGGGCAAUAAAAGUGCAUAUGGGGAUCUGUGUUCAGCUCUUCAUGCAGAAUCCUGCUACCAAUAAUCAAGGGCUAUACAGAAUGAAAAGAACUUCACAUAGCAGAAAUGUCAACUAAACCCAUGCCAUUUGGUUUAUGAUGAGCCAGUCCUUGAUUUUGUAAAAAUCUAGUUUGAAUUUACUCUAAAUGGUAACAUAAGAAAAAAAUCCCCGGAGCGGAUCCGUACCAUGGGGGCAUGGGGUUAGAUGGCAGGUCUGAGCCCAUGAAUGGAAGAGUAGCUGCUGGAUGCCUGCUGCUUGCAAUUACUGGAACAUAACAAAAUUGCCCUUGAAAAUCCAAUCACUGUCACUUGCAGUAAUGAUGUCAGGUAAUGAGCUGCGAUGGUGCAGGACAGAAGGCAUUGUGCACCUCUGCAGGAAAAGUGAAACAGAAGUAGGAGGCCAUCACGAUGGGCAACAUCCCCAUCCCUUUAAUCAUAGGUCUCUCAGUUCUUGAAACAGGAAAGUUGGGUGGAACAUAGUGGAGUGUUUCAUAGUAGAAUUUGGCUGGCGUGGUGAGGUCUUAGUGUGGUGUAAUGCAAUGUGUAUAGAUAAAGAAGGGAUCCAUAGAGAAUAGAUAGCAGAUAUAUAGAUAGCAGAGAUAUAGAUAGCAGAGAUAGUCUUCCUAAUGAUGUUACAACCCUUGAGACAGAAAUGUAUUUAGCAAGUAGAAGAGAGUGUCGCUGGUCAUUUAUUUAUUUUUUUACAAAAGAUAAACUGUCAGACCUAAAUAUUGUGUGUUAUUUUAAUGCACCUGUACUAGAUAUAUAUACAGUAUAUACUACUAUAUAUAUAUAUAUAUAUAUAUAUAUAGUAACACUGGUAGACUAGUUCUUAUUGAUCUGUGGUACUAUCUCAGUGUAAUAAUGCACCAACAUUAAGGGCUCAACCCAUCAACCCAUGGUACAUAUUCUCUAUCAGCUUGGAUCUAUUUCCCAGGCAGCAUGAGUGUAGGGGGAGGUUUUGUUUCAUUAACCAGUCUCCAAUAACCAAGCUGGGCAGCAAUUUCAGCAUCCCCACGCCCUGCCCAGAAUCUAAAAAUAUUGGUUUUUGGUCGCUGCUGGAGUGGUACAGGCUCAGGCCCCUACCUAUGGGUUAUUAAAUCAUCUUGCCAAUGACCCAAUGUUGUUCACAUGGUAUGGGGGUGACCCUACAGUGGGUUCACUAAUAGUGGGUGCAAUGGUAUAAUAGCCACAGUUAGGGGGCUGAGUGUGCGCUAUAAGUAGAUAUGGCGUGGAAAUGGAUUAUAAAUAGCAGUAUAACUUGGGGCCCAUAAAAUUCUGCCAAGGAAACUGAGAAGGAGACCCAAGCAGUCAUGCACUAGGGCUAAUACUAGGGCUCUUUCACACCACUACCCCUUCCCUGGAUUCCUUAUUGUAUUAGACCUUAUAGCCAAACCUGGCUUGUCCUUUGUACCCAUGUUUUAUUGUGUAUGUGCUGCUAGCGGAACAGAGCACCUAAGUCUUGUGGCACAAAAGCUUCUCCGGCGCCUGAAGAGGAGAAGAAGAGUAAGUUUGUGGUUUGUCUGCAAGAAUCUUUAUGUACAAAGAUCUAUUGGGCUGCCAUUUUGCUUUUAGAGUUGUGUCUGCCACCAUUGUACAAGUCUCCCCUUUGUACUAUGGCAUGUUUGAAUGUUUUGGAAGAGUUUGCACACUAUGAUAUAGUGGAAAAUAAACACUGCACUUAUA